CAAUAUAUGUGUAAUUGGGGGUAAAAGCUAAGACUGCUUUGUCUGGAAGGAGACAAGUGAAAAACAAAGCAAGCAGAUACGCAAACAUGAUGGCAGAGACGAUGACCACAGCAGAGGAGCACAAACAGUUAAGUGAAAUGGAAGCCACAGCCAAUCAAGGCCAACCCAUCUCUGAUAGACAAGGUAAAAGUAGGAGAUUUUGUCCACAGUUGUCCCCUCUGUCUUCCCACCGACUUCUACAUGAUCCCUCAAACCUGAUUAGUGAUGUCCACUGAGCCUCAAGGAGAAGUCUGGAGACAGGAGACACUUUUUAACAGCUCAAGAAAAUCCUGAAAGUUAGUUGUUCCUAUUAGCCGAUGGAAAUAAAACACAAGGAGAACUGAUGGGACACCAGAGAAGAAGUCCUUGUCUUUGGGAUAUGAGUUCCUUAACUGCUACCCGAGGAGGAUAAGAUUAUCUGCUGUUAAUUGAACAUCUUGUUUGAAUUGACAGUUAAAAAGAAGUUAUGUUGUCCAUGCAGGGAACUGGUGCCUUGGCUCUUUUACACAGUGUCAUAAUAGUGACUGCACUGAUAGACUCUGAUGAUGUCAUCUCACGAGAUGAGCAGAUCAAUGUAGUGAUUGGUGCUCACGCCAAGUGUGAGAGAAACAUCCAGGCACAAAUGCCCCUGGUCAAAGAAGGGGACUGUAUCCCUGAGUGGGACGGGAUCAUCUGCUGGCCACGGAGCAGAGCGGGUCAGCUGGUGUCAGUGCUGUGUCCAGAGUACAUCUACGACUUCAACCACAGAGGGCGAGCCUACCGCCAAUGUGACGCAUCAGGGAACUGGGAUCGGGUGCCCAGCAUCAACCGAACUUGGGCCAACUACAGUGAAUGCACUACCUACUUGACCUCCAACCACAGGAGCCAAGAAGUGAAGGUGUUUGAGAGACUACAUCUCAUCUACACUGUUGGCUACUCCAUUUCUCUAGCAUCGCUGUUGGUGGCAGUCUCUAUUCUUUGCUAUUUUAAGCGUCUCCACUGCACACGCAAUUACAUCCACGUUCACCUCUUCACCUCCUUCAUAUCUCGAGCAGUCAGCAUUUUUGUGAAGGACGCUGUGCUCUACUCUGUAUCUGAAGACAUAGAGGCUGAGCCUGAGUUCACGGCACCGAAGCCUCAUAUGGCCGGCUGUAAAGUUGCUGUUACCCUCUUCUUUUAUUUCCUGGCGACCAAUCAUUACUGGAUCCUGGUGGAGGGGCUGUACCUACACAGCCUCAUCUUCAUGGCCUUCCUCUCUGACAAGAACUACCUGUGGGCCCUCACCAUCAUCGGCUGGGGCGUUCCAGCAGUGUUUGUGUCUAUUUGGGUCAGUGCUCGAGCAUCGCUGGCGGACACACAAUGUUGGGACAUCAGUGCUGGAAACCUGAAGUGGAUCUUUCAAGUUCCCAUUCUGGCAGCUAUUGUUGUGAAUUUCCUCCUCUUUGUCAACAUAAUACGUGUAUUAGCCUCUAAACUGUGGGAAACAAAUACUGGUAAAUUGGACCCUCGGCAGCAAUAUCGGAAGCUGCUCAAGUCCACAUUAGUCCUCAUGCCCUUGUUUGGAGUUCACUACAUGGUGUUCAUGGCUCUUCCUUACACUGAAGUCACCGGGCUGCUGUGGCAGGUGCAAAUGCAUUAUGAGAUGUUCUUCAAUUCAUCCCAGGGCUUUUUUGUGGCAUGUAUCUACUGUUUCUGCAAUGGAGAGGUGCAGGCAGAGGUAAAGAAGGCGUGGUUGAGACGCAGCCUUGUGCUGGACCUCAAACAGAAAGCCAGGAUGACCAGCAGCGGCGGGGGAGGCAGCGGUUACUACGGCGGCAUGAUGUCACACACUACCACCCACAGCGUCAGCUUGUCUGCUGCCAAUCCCAGAGUUCUUUCCUUCACUGGAGGUGUGGUGGGUUCAGGUGGAGCUCCCAGUGGAGGUUCAGGAGUCAGGCAGCCUUGCCAUGGCUCUCUCCACCUGCAAACCAGCCUGCCUGGAUACGUGCCCGGUGAUACUGAGACCUCCGGCACACUGCAGGAGAUGGCUGUGCGAAAUCCCGGGCGGCCGGAGUCUGGAGUUUUUGCCCGGCAUGCCAGAGCCAGCGUGAGAAAUCAUAACACCAAAAGGAAUGGAGCAUCUCCAGCACAAACCCCUGAAGCAGAAGAUCCAGACAGCUGCUUAUCUCUGAAAGAGCUGGAGACCAUCUUGUGAUUGUUUUGAGAUAUUGACAGAUGGUCAUAAGUAAGGUAUUGGCUUCAAGGCAGACUGAGGCAGUUGACAGGGAGGAAUUAUUCUGACUUUACCUGACUAGAGUGGUCACCUUUACAAGCCUCUAUGUUGAUGUGCAAGACUGAGUACCUCCCAAACUAGACAUUUCAAGGAUUUACUUGUGUUUUGUCCACUUUUUCCCAAGGUUAAGGAAGAACUUUCCAUCUCAACUUUUACGCCAACAUAGACAAGGAGUCCUUAAAGUAUUUAAAUAAAUAAAUCUCUCCAGAUCCACGACAGCUGUUUGCUGAGAAGGAUCUUGUGAUAUGAUCAAAAACGCCAGAAUAGCUUCUGAGCAAAGCUUGUCUGGGAGAUUGUUUAGUUAACAAUGGUUGUCUGGUUCUCUGGAUGAUUUAGUGGAUGGGAUCAAAUUUUCAUCACAUAAAAUAUGAGGGAACACAAACACUGAAGGCCUUUACUCAUUAGGACGUACCAAAUCAGGAUUAACUAUAGUCAUACAUAACUGAUGGAUUGCUUGUGGAUCUAUUUCAUUUCUGUCAGUGUACAUGAAUUGAACAUACAUAUUUAUAUGCUUU